AUGCACGGGCCUUCCCCCUGGUACCCAUCCCUCCCCGGUCCCAAGAAGACCAACUCCGGUCUUGGGGUCGAUGGUCCCAGUUUCGCCCACGGAAGCGACCCCUCCUUCUACGGCGAACCACUUGCCACCCAUCAUCCUCCUCGGAGACAGGAGGAGCACGGUCCUUCCACCCCUGGAACCCCCUACCUCCCUGGCCCCAAGCUGACUAAUGAUUGUAUAUUGAUUACUGAUGUGUUCCAGUACCGUGGCUCAUACAGAAUGAGGAUCUAUGAGAGGGAGAACUUUGGAGGCCAGAUGUCCGAGCUGAUGGACGACUGUGACAAUGUCAUGGAUCGUUACCGCAUGUCCAACUGCAUGUCUUGCCACGUGAUGGACGGACACUGGCUGAUGUAUGAGCAGCCCCACUACAGAGGCAGGAUGAUGUACAUGAGGCCUGGAGAGUACAGGAGCUUCAUGAACAUGGGCAUGGGCAACAUGAAGUUCAUGAGCAUGAAGUGCAUCAUGGACUCUCACUAUUAG